AUGGGUGUGGCUGCAGGCGAACUUAUUGUACCUUUCACGGGCGCUAUCCAAGCUGCCGUCUCAGUCCUUCUGACCAUCGCCUUCGGUGUUGUUGCAGCACAAUGCAAUUUACUAUCGCCCAAAGCGGCGAAGGAAGUUUCGAAGCUAUGUGUGCGCAUGUUUCUACCAGCGCUGUUGAUCUAUAAGAUUGGCUCCAAUCUGCAUCAAGACACUGGCGUAAGAUAUGUGCCCGUCCUUAUAUGGUCAAUAUCAUAUACUUUGCUUUCUGUCCUCGUCGGUCGCCUCCUCACGCGCAUCUUCAAGUUACCAGCCUGGGUCGCACCAGCCAUCGCUUUCAACAACACAACUUCGCUUCCACUUCUUCUCAUCCAGUCGCUCAAACAAACCCAAAUACUUGAUGCUAUACUCAUUGGUGGCGAGUCUGGCAGUCAGGCUAUGGAUCGUGCCGAGUCAUACUUUCUGGUGAAUGCCAUGGUCAGCAACUCGCUGACGUUUGCUAUUGGACCUGGUCUGCUAAGGCCAGGAGAUGAGGAUGCAUCCGAGGGACAAGAAGGAGAAGACGAUGAAGACAACGGUCAGGCAAACGAGGACGGCGAGAGCAGUGAUAUGGAGCGAGGCCCUGACGGAAUCAUCGACGAGGAGACUUCGCUACUCCCACAGCGCAUAACCAAGCCCGCGAAUCGCAUUGAGAAGAAGGGGUAUCUCAAAACACAAAAGUGGUACAAUGAUUUGUCGCCAUGGCUGCAAGAGACUUUGAACAUCACAUGGCAGUUUGCCAAUGCUCCAUUGCUAGGCGCCAUUGUGGGCGCAGUCAUUGGGCUCACACCGGCUCUCCAUAAGCUUUUCUUCAGUCCUAGCAACGAGGGCGGAUACCUCAAUGCUUGGCUUACGACCGCUAUAAAGAACAUUGGUGAGCUCUUUGCUACGACCCAGAUCAUCGUUGUUGGAGUAAAGCUCAGCAAGAGCAUGCUGCAAAUGAAGCGCGGUGAGGAUAGUGGUGAAGUCCGCAAAGGAAGUUUGGCAAUUGUCACCUUGAUCAGGAUAAGCAUACCCUUGAUCUGGGUAGUCGCAUCGAAAACAAAACUCCUCGAUGCAGACCCCAUGCUUUGGUUUUCGAUGAUGUUGAUGCCCACCGGUCCUCCCGCUAUGAUCUUAGUAGCCCUGACCGAUGUCACGGGCGCAGCUGAGUCGAUGAAGAUGACUGUCGCCAAGUUCCUCACCAUUAGCUACGCAAUAACGCCAAUGAUUUGCUUCGCUGUCGUCGGAGCUCUGAAAGCUACAGAGGCCGCGAUUGAGCACAUGUAA